AUGCCUCCAAUGAAUCAGUCAUUUCAGAUAAUAUUGGGUUCAUCUUCAAUGGCUCGUCGACAAAUUCUGACGGAGAUGGGUUAUGAAUUCACAAUCAUGUCUGCAGAUAUAGAUGAGAAAAGUAUCAGGAAGGAAAAACCAGAGGAUCUUGUAAUGGCUCUAGCGGAGGCAAAGGCUGAAGCAAUUAUGUCCAGGCUUGCAAUUACUGACCAUUUAAAGGAAUUGACAUGUUCCACACUGCUAAUUACUGCAGAUACGGUGGUGGUGUAUGAAGGGAUUAUCAGAGAAAAACCAUCAAGUAGGGAAGAAGCACGCCAAUUUAUCAAAGAUUAUUCCGGUGGCAGUGCUAGAGUUGUGGGAUCUGUACUCGUAACCAACCUGGUAACAGGUAGUAGAGAAGGAGGAUGGGAAAGUGCAGAGGUUUAUUUUCAUGCUAUUCCAGAUGACAUCAUUGAUAGUCUGCUUGAGGAGGGAAUAAUUCUCAAUGUUGCUGGGGGUUUGAUGCUAGAACAUCCACUGACUUUACCCUUGGUAGACACAGUGAUUGGAACUUGUGAUUGUGUAAUGGGACUUUCAAAAACUCUAACAGAGGAGCUUAUUCAAGAAGCCCUGUAG